AUGCCCUCAAAAAAGGCUAAGAUUGCAGACCAUCAUGUGCCUGCUGCUGCUGUGCCCAUCACAACUCCUCCAUCCCGUUCCCCCCUUGUGUCCAGGUCAUUUCCUCUCCCUGAUCGUUCCUCUCCUGGUGCCAUGAGUAUCAAGACUUCACGUUCCUUAAGGGCCACAAGCCAUGUUAAUCCUCCCCCAUCUUCGGCACCAACAGUCCCCCUCACAACUCCAUCCCAUUCCCUCCUUACGUCUCCUCUCCCUGAUUGUUCUUCUCUUGGUGCUGUGGGUAUCAAGACUCCAGGGGUAGGGGGCAUGUCCCAUGUUAAUUCUCCCCCAUCUUCCACAGUAACGAGUGCUGAGAGACCAAAAAUCUCGUUCCAGGAGUACAAGAAGUGCCAUGAGGCACAGAAAUCCUCUCUUGCACCUACAACUCACUCCCCACCCUUGGGUCAUUCUUCACCUGAUACCUCUUCAUCACUUUGCAAGACAGGAAAUGUUGCAUUGCCAGACUGCAAUGCACCUGUCGUUCCUCUACCAUUCUCAAGGCCAAACGAUGAAAGGCUGGAGGCAUCGGUGCUGCUGAGUGGAGGCAGUCCCUGA